AAGGCUUCAUAUUUCAUAAAGGUCAUGUUAUCUCAUAGAACAAAACAUAUAAGAUCUCAUGAGCCUGUGUUAACCUCUGACCUUAUUUUCGGCGUGUAUUCCAAAAUCCUAUUCUUUCGACAUUCAUUUUGCCUAUAUGAAUGGCUGAAAGAACCAGAGCUAAAUAAUUUCAGUUUUUUAGGACUACAAGCUGGCAAGCUCCUGACACCAAGUCAUAAACCUCGCCCAUUUCCUUUUUUUGUGUGUGCGUGUGGCAAUUUUGACUUUUUGGCUGUGGAAUCUGUGGCUACAUUGAAGCUCGUGGAAACCCCUGGACAACUCUGGUAUUACCCGCCCCUUCCCUUCUCAGCCUAUCACUGCUGACUUCUCUACCGGAAGUUUUUUCUGAACUCUACGCGGGAAACCAAUGUUUUGUCUCUGCUGUCUGCUUGUAGACUGGACUCCGCGCGGGACGCAGCAGAAAAGUUAAACAGUGGAGAAAAAAACUGUAGCAAGAUGAAGGUGAUAACAUGUGAGAUUGCGUGGCACAACAAAGAACCUGUCUACAGUCUGGACUUCCAGCACAACUCAGAGGGCCGCAUACACAGGCUGGCCACAGCAGGAGUGGACACCACUGUCAGGUUGUGGCGUGUGGAGAUGGGGCCUGAUGGGAAGGCAGUGGUGGACUUCCUGUCCAACCUGGCACGGCACACCAAGGCUGUCAAUGUGGUGCGCUUCUGCCCCAACAGUGAGCUGCUCGCUUCUGGAGGAGAUGAUUCAGCCAUCCUGCUGUGGAAGCUGAAUGACAAUAAGGAGCCUGAGCAGGCCCCGUCGUUCCAGGAGGAGGAGGAUAGUCAGCUCAACAAGGAGAGCUGGAGCGUGGUCAAGACCCUGCGGGGACAUAUUGAGGAUGUGUAUGACAUCAGCUGGACCCGGGAUGGGAACUUCAUGGUCUCUGGUUCUGUGGACAACACUGCCAUUAUGUGGGAUGUAACAAAGGGUCAGAAGCUGUGCAUCUUUAACGACCAUAAGAGCUAUGUGCAGGGAGUGACCUGGGACCCGCUGGGCCAGUAUGUGGCCACACUCAGCUGUGACAGGGUGAUGCGUGUGUACAGUACUCAGAGCAGGAGGAAAGUCUACAGUGUCAGUAAGAUGAGCUCUGGAUCAGCUGCGGAGGGAGAGGUGAAACGGUACCGAAUGUUCCAUGACGACAGCAUGAGGUCUUUCUUCAGACGCUUGACCUUCACACCGGACGGCUCCUUCCUGCUCGCACCAGCGGGGUGUGUGGAGGCGGGGGAGAACAUCACCAACACCACCUACGUCUUCUCCAGGAAGAGCCUCAAGAGGCCCAUAGCUCACCUGCCCUGCCCUGCUAAAGCCACCCUGGCUGUGCGCUGUUGCCCUGUCUACUUUGAGCUGAGGACCAAGAAGGGAGAUGAUGGCAGUGCCCAGCCCCUGCCCAACACGUUUGGCUUGCCCUACAGACUGGUGUUUGCUGUGGCCUCCGAGGAUUCCAUCUUCCUCUAUGACACUCAGCAGACCCUACCUUUCGGCUACGUCUCCAACAUCCACUACCACACACUCAGCGACCUCACCUGGUCUCGGGACGGUUCCUUCCUGGCGGUGUCGUCUACAGACGGCUACUGCUCCUUCCUGUCCUUCUCCCCUGGCGAGCUGGGCACGCCCCUCAAGGAGCCCCCUGUCCUGGAGGUCGUCACCCCUGGCAACGGGCCCGAAAAGAAGGGCAAGAAGGUUGCAGCAGCCCGCACGGUGUCCCCCGUCCCCAAAACAGAGAGCACCGCCCCUGUUCACCCCACCACUAAAGAGGCCCCCAGCACCCCUCUCUCCUCCCUCACCUCCCCUGGCACCCCCCUGACCCCUGGGGGAGAGGAGAAGAAGAACCCUGGCAAGGCCAAGACCCAGCCCCGUAGGAUCACCCUCAACACCUUGGAGGGGUGGGGCAAGCCCAGCACCCCCAAAGCGCCCGCUGCUAGUGCCCCCAAAACCCCCACCACAGCCAGCACCAGCACACCCUCCACCCCUCAGCAGCCUCGCCUCACCCCCUCUACCCCCAACACCCCCUCUACCCCCAACACCCCCUCUACCCCCCUCGCCCCCUCUAUAGCCCAGCCCUGCCUCACGCCAAAAGCCCAAUGCAGCAGCGGUAAAACCCUGGGCCCCAGCACCCCUAAAGCUAGCACCACCCCUAAAGGGCCCACCCCCAGACGGAUAUCUCUGACUCCUGUCGUCUCCAGAUCUCCAGCUGCCUUCACCACACCCUCCUCCACAGAGAAAGCCAAACAUGAACGGCCCUCUCCCCCCACUGACCCUGUGUGCCAGCCCCCAGAGUCCAAGCGGCCCAAAACCAGCACCCUGGCAGGCAAGACAGGGGUGGCUCCAGCCUCAGGGUCAACACCCAAACCCUAAGGACCCCACGCUACUAAGAACACUGAAGCACGAGUACAGAGCAGCACAGAGAGUGGUGUCAACAUGCAACUCACAUAUUAUCCUCAUACACACCUACACACACACACACACUUUUGGAGUUUAGCCUACAGAACUGCAUAGACUGGUGUUGUUAGCUAACAUUUUACAUUUUAGUCAUUUAGCAGACGCUCUUAUCCAGAGCGACUUACAGUAGUGAAUGCAUACAUUUCAUAAUUUUUUUUGCUGGCCCCCCGUGGGAAUCGAACCCACAACCCUGGUGUUGCAAACACCAUGCUCUACCAACUGAGCUACAGGGAAGUAGCUCAGUUGGUAGCUAACACACACAAGUUCACAGAGCGAAAACUGGCAUUUUCCUCCUAACAUUCUGUAUGUUUUUGUAACUUGACAUUCUGAAUCUGUAGCUCUUUUUGGUGGAUAACCAGGUUAUUGUGAAAUUGAAAUAAAGGAUAUGAAACAAAAAGUUUCAAAUAAGAUAAA